AUUUGGGAAUGGAUGAUGAAGGGGAUGAUGAUCCUGUUCCUCUUCCAAAUGUUAAUGCAGCUAUACUAAAAAAGGUGAUUCAGUGGUGUACCCAUCAUAAAGAUGAUCCACCUCCUCCUGAGGAUGAUGAGAACAAAGAGAAACGAACAGAUGACAUCCCUGUGUGGGACCAAGAAUUUCUCAAAGUAGACCAAGGAACUCUCUUUGAACUUAUUCUGGCUGCAAACUACUUAGACAUCAAAGGCUUACUGGAUGUGACAUGCAAGACUGUUGCAAAUAUGAUUAAAGGAAAAACACCAGAAGAAAUCCGCAAGACCUUCAAUAUUAAAAAUGACUUCACUGAAGAGGAGGAAGCCCAGGUACGCAAAGAAAACCAGUGGUGUGAAGAGAAGUGAAGCUUUGUGCCUGAUACCUAACAACACUGUAAGGAUUGUUCCAAAUAUCAGUUGCACUGCUCUGUUUAUAAUUGUUAAUAUUAGACAAAUGCAGCAGCAAAUGAAGUUGUACUAGUCUGGUGGUGUUCUCUUUGCAUGUGUAAUGUUUGAAUAUAGAUUUAAAUCCUAUGUUUGAGGUUUUACCAGUGUAAUCUGAUUUCCUUAUUUUUCCUCUUCUCUAAAUAAAACUAAACUCCAUGCAGAUUCUGUAUGGCAAUUAACACUGCAAACUAGCCCUUCCACGCUUCUGAAUGUUUCACUGUCACGUUAAAAUACUUAGGAUGUCAGAAUUCAGAAGUCUCUGACAUUGUAAAUAAAACUACUUGCAAAAGUUUUCUGAAACUGAAUCGGUGAAGCCUACUUUUAUUCACAGAAUAAUGGCUUCUCAGAGCCACAAAAUGUUUUGAAAAUCCCAAAAUUGUUUUGGGAUUUCUUUCAUUCUACAUCUUUGGUAGUAGUGACAGUUAUUGUUAAAACUAAAGCAAAUUAGCUUUGCUUGAUACUUAACAUUCUGAUGAUCUAAUAUAGGUGUGACCCUGGUAGUGACUGGGCAGUUAAAGCCCUCUUCUGGCUAAAUACUUGUAGUUUCUGUAAAGAAGUAUAGUAUUUGGUAUGUACUUAUUUUUUAAACCAAUAGAAAUCUCAGUAUUUGAUCAAAAACAGAUCCCUAAACACAAAAAUAAAACAUUUAUUGGACAGUGAAUAUCAGGCUUCCUAUUAGUCAAGCUUUAGUAUUUCCUUAUAGCCAUUGGAAAUGCUUUAUACUACUUUGAAAAGGCCUGCAACAUUUGUACAUGACAUCAGAUUGCAGUGAUUUGUCACUGCAUGCUGAGUGGUGAUAUUGAUGUUGUAUUAUUUAGGAUCAAAACACUUGCCAAUAGCUUAGUAAUUUUUUUCAUUCUUUAUGAUUCUGUUUGGGGAUUAGAGGAGUGAUAUGUAAUAAGCAGUUGAGCUUGUACUGCAUUCCAUUUUCUGUAUGCACACUAGGUAGAAUAAAAGUUAAAUAAAUAUUUACUUUAAAGUUCAGUGAUGACCUUAAGCAUUUAAUAUAAAGAAUUUUAACAUUUAACUAUGCAUAGCAAUCAAAGUGCAUAUUACUAGGCAAUUCCACAGAUUUGGUCAUUAUCAGAAUUAAAAAGACAUUUUUAAUAAAACAGUUGCCAAAAAGAUUAACUUAAACACCAGUAAUGUUUUAAUAAUAAUAAGUGGAUUUCCUGCAAAAUAGUUCACACACCACUAUAAGUUUCAGUUGAAGAAUCUAGUGAUGAAAUGAGUAAUGAAAUGGAGUUUUACAAAGGCAAGACAAUUUUUCUCUUUUAAACAUGUCAGGAAUAGAUGGGAGGGUGGUGAAAAAGAAAACAACCACCAAAAAAAAAAUUGAAAACAACAGAAUCUUAGUUUCUGAACAGAGUCUCCAUUCCAAUCCAUCCACUACUCUUUAUAGCACAGUGUGUCUUAAAUGUUUGACCUAUGUAUACAUACAUUGCAAUUUUCAGGGUAUUGUCUCAGAACACGCUUUGGCAACCUACUAACCCCAACAUGGGGUUGCAUUGGAAUCUGUCUUGAGAUGAUAGCAGUGGUCUGUUAUAAAAGAAAGUAAUAAAGAUCCCCAUGGCUUCUCA